GGUGGGCGGGGGAGGGGCGAGGCCCGUCGGGCAGCCGCCCGCUCGCAGCUUCCGCCCGGCCCCUCCGGAAAUCCCGUCCUGCGGGGCGACUGCGGCGCAGCUAGUGCUUCCUGGGGCACCGAAGAGGUCACGAAUCAUGUGACAGUGGCUUGAGGAGGAACCGGUCUUUAAAGCUGUCCCUGAAGUGACAGCGGACAGAACCAGGCAGCGUAGAAAUCCCAGGCGUGGAGAUUGAUCCUGCGAGAGAAGGGGCUUCAUCAUGGCGGAUGACCUAAAGCGAUUCUUGUAUAAAAAGUUACCAAGUGUUGAAGGGCUCCAUGCUAUUGUUGUGUCAGAUAGAGAUGGAGUACCCGUUAUUAAAGUGGCCAAUGAUAAUGCUCCAGAGCAUGCUUUGCGACCUGGUUUCUUAUCCACUUUUGCCCUUGCAACAGACCAAGGGAGCAAACUUGGACUUUCAAAAAAUAAAAGUAUCAUCUGUUACUAUAACACCUACCAGGUGGUUCAAUUUAAUCGUUUACCUUUGGUGGUGAGUUUCAUAGCCAGCAGCAGUGCCAAUACAGGAAAAUCCUUAGUUUUCAUUUGAAGCCUGCUGCAGAUCACAGCAUCAGGGAACAUUCGCCUUGCUCCUGGGCCAGAGCAUUCCUUGGCAAGAAAGAUCUAUUUAAAGAUGAAUGACCGAGAUCGGAUUGUGCCUUCCCCUUGGUUGAGCUGUUUUCUUAUUUGUGACUGUAAUAAAGUACACACAUAUAUAUCCAUUAUUGAGUGAUUUUAAUGAACCCUGGCUUCUAACAUAUUAAAUAAGGCACGUUUAUUAGUAAGGCUAUCAUACAACUGCAAGUUAAUUAUGUGCCCACCCCCAACUAUAAGUUAAUUAUCAGUGUCCAGAAAAAAAUUUCUGUAUUUUUUUCAGGGUACAUAUUGUAAAGCGAUUGCUAAAACAUGUACAAAUUGAGAAUUGGUCUAAUACUUACUGUAAUCUAUAAAAUGGAAUACUAGUCAAUAAGUCAAAAGGAAGAUAUAGAUUGACAAUUAGUAAUAUGCAAAAAUAUUCAUAGUGUUAAGUGAAGUGAGCAGAUAUAGAACACUAGCAAGUGACUUUUUUGUUUUUAUUUUGUGUAUUAUCAAUAAAGAUCCUAAGAACAUUAUUGUAACUUUUUUUGGUGGACAUAUGCACUCAUUUCUCUUAAGCAUACACCUAAGUGUGAAAAUGCUGAAUUACAAUGUAGGCAUAUGUAUAAUUUUAGGAGAAACUGCCAAGCAGUUGUCAAAGUAGCUGUACACAUUUUCCUUCCCUCCAGCAACGUGGAAGAGUUCUAGUUCCUUCGCAUUCAUGCUCAUACCUGAUAUUGGCAGUUGUCAUUUUAUCCAUUCUGAAAGGUGUGUAGUGGUACAUCAUUUUGGUUUUUACUUCUAGCAAAUGAAUUAAUUUUUCUUUUAAAUAUUUGUUUGUACAGAGAUAAGUCUAA